AUGCUGAUUAAUUUUUCUAGAUUAGCGAAAUUGUGCAUAGGACAAGUUUGUAACGAAGGAAGCAGACCUUAUGCGCGACAAUUUGUAAAUAAAGUGCUUUACAAAACGAUGGCCGUUCCUAGUAGAGCUAGAGUCUAUACCGAUGUUAAUUCUCAUAAGCCCAGGGAAUAUUGGGACUAUGAAAGUUACGUUGUCGAUUGGGGCCAACAGGAUGAUUAUCAGUUGGUUAGGAAGUUAGGCAGAGGAAAAUAUAGUGAAGUAUUCGAAGCGAUUAAUGUAACAAAUAAUGAAAAAUGUGUAGUUAAAAUAUUAAAGCCUGUAAAAAAGAAGAAAAUAAAACGAGAAAUAAAAAUAUUAGAAAAUUUAAGAGGAGGUACUAAUAUAAUAACCCUAGAAGCCGUCGUUAAGGAUCCCGUAUCGAGGACGCCCGCUUUAAUAUUCGAACACGUCAAUAACACUGACUUCAAGCAGCUUUAUCAAACGCUCACAGAUUUUGAUAUCCGCUAUUAUUUAUAUGAACUUCUUAAAGCUUUGGACUACUGCCAUAGUAUGGGUAUAAUGCAUAGAGAUGUAAAGCCACAUAACGUAAUGAUCGAUCACGAAAAUAGAAAACUACGUUUAAUCGAUUGGGGCUUGGCGGAAUUUUAUCAUCCCGGACAGGAAUACAACGUUAGGGUGGCUUCGAGAUAUUUCAAGGGCCCCGAACUGCUCGUAGACUAUCAGAUGUACGACUAUUCGUUGGACAUGUGGUCGUUGGGGUGCAUGCUCGCCUCGAUGAUCUUCAGAAAAGAGCCGUUCUUCCACGGUCACGAUAAUUACGAUCAGUUGGUUCGUAUAGCGAAAGUUUUAGGUACCGAGGAGCUGUUCGAAUACCUCGAUAAAUACCACAUAGAACUAGAUCCGAGAUUUAACGAUAUUUUAGGAAGACACUCGAGGAAAAGAUGGGAGCGGUUCGUGCAUAGUGAAAACCAACAUCUCGUGUCUCCGGAAGCUUUAGAUUUUUUGGAUAAAUUAUUACGUUAUGAUCAUUUAGAACGCCUUACAGCACGUGACGCAAUGGAUCAUUCGUACUUUUAUCCAGUUGUAAAAGAACAAUGUAGGAUGUUGGCGACAGUGUCAUCAUCUCCUACACCUUUGACAGGAGUAGGCGAGUAG